AUGGUAAAAUUUUCAUCUUGUACUCCUGAUCGUGCCUUUGUUCCAAUUAAUGUCGGUCCUUCCCAUAUUCCUGUUGAAUUUAAGAUAGAUACUGGGAGCGCGGUAGAUAUUCUACCAUUGAGCCAUUAUGAGAAAUUAAAGAUAAAACGACCUCUUGAAAUCGCAGAAAAUAGAUUAACAUCGUACACAGGCAACAUGUUACCUGUAUGCGGUAUAAUAAAUCUGCAAUUGCGCUACUACAACAAGACUAGCGGGUCAUUAUGUUAUGUUGUUGAUAGUCCGACAGUCCCGCUGCUAAAUUUACAAUCGUCUGUUAACUUAGGCCUGAUAAAGCUCACAUAUUCAAUAGACAGGUCAAAUACAGAAUUAGAUAAACAAAGGGUCAUGUCAGAGUAUAGGAACUUAUUCCAAGGUGUAGGGGUCAUCCCAGGUGAAUGUAAACUUCACAUUAAGAGCGAUGCUGUUCCUGUAAUAAACGCACCUAGGCGAGUGCCGGAAGCUUUAAGGGACAGGCUUCACGAAGAACUCCAGCGCAUGGAGAAUGAUGGAAUAAUAACUAAGGUCACUGAACCCAUAGACUGGGUAAACUCCCUAGUCAUUGUAGAAAAACCAAAGACAGGUAAACUUAGAGUUUGCCUUGAUCCAAAAGCUUUAAAUGAGGCUAUAAGGCGACCUCACUACCCAAUGCGUACUAUUGACGACGUUACAUCAAGACUGACUGAUGCAAAAUACUUCAGCAUACUUGACAUAACACACGCAUACUGGAGCAUCAAACUUGAUGAACAGUCUUCAUUAUUAACGACCUUCAGCACGGUAUUCGGCAGAUACCGUUGGUUAAGACUCCCAUAUGGCAUAUCUGCAUCGAGUGACAUAUUCAUGCAGAAAGUGGAUAAAAUUUUUGAAGGAUUGCAGGGUCUAACAGCCAUAGUAGAUGACAUUUUGAUAUAUGGGAAGACACGUGAAGAACAUGACGCAAACUUGCGUAACGCCCUUGAAAGAGCACAUUCCAAGGGAGUAAAGUUCAAUCCGGACAAAUGUAUCAUCGGGGUGAAGGAAGUCCCAUUCUUUGGUCACCUAAUAACAUCAACAGGGUUAAAGCCAGAUCCUAGUAAAAUAGAUGCAAUUAUGAACCUCAAAAUACCAGAAAAUAGACAGCAACUUGAAAAUGUUCUUGGUAUGGCAAAUUAUCUGCAAAAAUUCUCUCCAAACCUAGCAGAGGUCACAAGCCCCAUGAGAUCCCUACUAAAGAAAGAUGCAGAAUUUGUUUGGGAUUUUUCCCAGACAGAAGCAUUUACGAAAAUGAAAAACAUAAUCACAAAUACCCCUGUUCUUGCAUACUUUGACCCAAAACAGAGUGUAACUCUUGAAUGUGACUCUUCGAUGCGUGGGGUCGACUCAGCCAUCAUCCAAAAUGGCCGCUUUUGCCUUCGCUUCUAG